AUGAAGAUGAACGACAAACCAGCCAGGAACACUAUAGAUUGGGCGGAGGUAGAUGACACAGCAGAUUUGGUGAAGAUAGUCUUGUCGAGGAUCAUAGAGAAACUCUGUGUUGUGUGUAUUCAAGAACCAGCAGUUUUCUUUGGAGUCGAACAAGAGGUCCAAUGGAUCCAAAGAGAGUUGAUGGACGCUCGGGUAAAAUAUAGUUAUGUGCCAGAGCAAUUAAUGGAUGUUGCCUAUGAUUUUGAAGAUGUGAUUGAUGACCUUAUACUCAGAUCAGCCGCAAAGCAAAGGAGAAUAGGAAACUGGGAGAGGUGCCUUUCGGUAAUAAGAAUUCACAAGAAGCUGGAAUUGAUCAAGUCUAAGAUCCCUGAUCUUCCUCGUCUCCCAUAUAUAGAAGCAAUGAGUGCCUGCUCCUUUAACAACAGUAUUGAAGAAAUAGUCUGGUCAAAGAUCUUCUUGAUACAUGGUCAGAGUGUGGCAAACACAGUUGUUUCCCCAGUGGAAGAGAAGGUAUCAGCUCUGCUAGCACAGGAGGCAAUUCAUCCCUAUACCAAGAAGAAGGCCAUGCGGGUACUAGACAAACUCAGGUCUCUGAAUGGUUUUCUCAAAGGCUUAGAAUCAGUAGAAUUAGAUGAUGGUGGAAUGGUUUGGAUGGAGGAGCUGUCCCAUGUUUGCCUGUCUGCUGUGGUAGCCAUUGAGGACUUCAUCAACAGAACACAACAGCUCACGAAAAGAAGUUGGAUGGGACCUUCCAAGGGAUUUCUUUCGGCUUUUGGCAAAUUCAAAUCUCAGGAUAAGCUUGCUGUGGAGAUGGACAAAAUAUAUGCCAAGAUCCAAAACCUCUCUAUCCACAGGCCAACAGCAGUCAACUCACAAGGUCAAAGUAGGAACCCAAAGUUUACCUUGGGUUCCACCGAGCGAAUCCCACGGCAGCCAACAACGCAAGAACCAGAUCUCGCCAGCUUUGGCGAUGAUGUGCAUGCAAUGAUAGCACGGUUGCUUACAGAUGAUCAGAAUUUCAGAGUGAUUCCAAUUAUGGGUAUGCAAGGCAUUGGAAAGACAACCCUAGCAAAUUUGAUCUUUAACCAUAAAGCUGUUGUGGAUCAUUUCCCCUUUGCUGCUUGGAGGUCAGAUGGCUAUCGAUUUCAGCUACGUAACAAGGGAGAAUUGUUGCAGUCCGGUCGAAGUCAAUGCAGAGUGUGGAGUAAUCAAUACGAGAUGCAACGGUUGAUACCUUUCUUGAUUAAUGACAGGUCUCUGAUAGUUGUCGAUAAUUGGAAUUUCUUGGUAGACGACCUAGAAAUGCUUCCAGAUGCAUUAAAUGGCAGUAGAAUUAUUUUGACCACUUGCGAAACAAAGCUACCUCCAAAUCUCAAAAUGAAGAGUGAUCCUCACCCACUGCGGUUACGGACAAAUGAGGAGAGUUGGGCAUUGUUUACCCAUGCUUUGAAAUUUAGCCUACCCCCAGAAUUGCUAAAGCUGGAAGACCAAAUUGCAAAAAGAUGUGGGGGACUGCCACUGCUGAUUGUAAAAUUGGCGGAAGCACUCUCACAUAAGGAUGCAACCAUUGAGGAGUGGUCCACUGCACUUCAACAAUUUCAUCAUGACCAACAGCAACUCUGGCCCAAUACCCUCUACAAGAUCCAUAAGGAUUUGUCCUUGUACAUGAGGAGAUGUCUAUUUUAUUUCACUCUAUUUCCUCAAGAUUUUGAUAUUCCGGCAAGAAGAUUGAUAACAUUGUGGGUUGCAGAGGACUUGGUACAGCCAGAGGGCGAGAAUGAAACUCCAGAAAAUGUUGGAGAAAGGUGCUUGAAUUUCUUGAUAGCCCAGGGAAUGGUUCAAGUGACAAAGAAGAAGCUUAAUGGGAAUGUUAAAAUGGUGCGAUUGCCAGAUCCCCUAAGACAAUAUUGGUCAUCCAAAGCUCAACAAGCCACAUUUCUUGGAGUUCAUACUAACACAAGAUCUGACUUGUUCCUAGGCACCAAUAAGAUCCUUCGUCUGGUUGAUCAUCUUGACAAAGAAGAUAUCAGCUUUAACCAUAUUCAUGAAAGCAAACCAGGAGAAGAAGUGGGAAACUUUCUUCGUCAAAGCAUAUCCAGUGGUUGCUUCCUAGUACUGCUCGUGCUUGAUCUUGAAAAUGUAUUCAGACCAAAGUUACCUGAGGCAAUGGGCAAACUAACUCGACUAAGGUACCUUGGCUUAAGAUCUACAUUCCUCGAGAUACUUCCAUCUUCUAUAAGCAAGUUGCAGAAUGUUCAAACACUGGACAUGAAGCAUACUUGCAUCAACGCUCUUCCUUAUUCAAUCUGGAAGCUACAACAAUUGCGACACUUACACUUGAGUGAGAGUUGUCGAAGUAAACUUAUGCUUCAACAUGAUACAAAUAUUCCUACUAUCCUCCAAACAUUGUGUGGGCUUCUUGUAGAUGAGGAGACUCCCGUAAGAGAUGGCCUAGACAGGUUACUCGAUAUUAGGAAAUUGGGAUUGACAGUAUCAUCUAAACAAGAGGCAAUAACAUUGCAACUGCAGGCAGUAGUUGACUGGGUUCUAAAACUGAACCAACUCCGGUCUUUAAGGCUCAAAUCUAUUGAUGAAAGCAAUCAGCCAUGGGAUCUAGAGUUGAAGCCUUUAGUAAGCCUUGUGAAUCUUUCUUACAUUUACUUACUUGGACGGUUAAGGAAUCCAUCCAUUAUGUCCCAAUUCCCAUACAGCCUCAUCGACCUCACCUUAUCAGGGUCAGGACUUGUAGAAGAUCCAAUACAGUCACUGGAUAAGCUUCCCAACCUUAGAAGUCUUAAAUUGCUUGCCAAAUCUUAUUUAGGGAAGAACAUGCUUUGCUCUUUAGGAGGCUUUCCUCAGCUUCGAGUUCUUAAACUAUGGAAGUUAGAGCAACUGGAGGAAUGGAAUGUAGAGAAAGGAGCACUACGAGCUGUUCGAGAUUUGGAGAUUAGGUUCUGCAGAAGUCUGAAAAUUCUUCCUGCAGAAUUGCUACAUAAAACUCUCUUGAAAAUUGAAAUUAUAUCCGCCCAGUAA